AUGGCGCCACUGAAACCUCGACAGAACCACUCGCUUACCCCAUCGACUCCGCGUCUCCGCAAAGGCCCAUCGGCCAAACCAGUUCCGGUGACAACAUCCAUCGAUCCUAAGGUAUUCGAUGAGCUAUUUGCCGGAGUGGUUAUUAUAUUUUUUCUUGCUGUUGUCUUUUGGAAGACGGGCAAGUUCAUACGAUCCUUCAACCGACACAAGGUGCUAGCAGAAGGCAAAACGACCACGGCUCGAUACGCAAGAACAUGGUACGGCUGGGUGCCACUGGAGACUCACGAGAGGAACAAAGAGAUUUUCACGCAAAUUUUCGCAUGGAUUGGAGAAUGGACGGCGUGGAAAACAACUCGGACCGAUUACCGCUGGGUGUGGUGGGAUCCUGACCAGAAGGCGUUGGAAGAACGACGUCGAAAUCGAAGACUACUGGCAUGGUUGCCCGAAUGCUUCAAGAGCUAUGAUUUCCCUACUGCUGAUGAGAUAUGGAACCCGAGACCGCCCACACAGUGUCAUGGCGCUUUAUCCGACGACCGACCUCAGUCUGUUCAACUCCCCGAGUCUCCGAGGACAGGUCGUAUAGACGGCAGUCCACUUUCGCAGCAAUGUUUUGCAGACAAUGAAGACGCCGAGCAGCCAUCCAUAUUUCCUUCCAUUUCCAGUCUGCCCCCAAGGCUAGACACAUGCACCCCUCAUGAGCGCCGGGCGGCGCGGUUUUUAUCCAACAAAAGACCUGUCAAGCAGCCAUCGAAGAUCUGCAACAAAUUCCAGUCACCAUCCAACUUGAGAUCUGCCUCACAAACCUCAAUGGAACUACUAUCACAGUUAUCUAUAGACAUGGAUCGGGUCUCAUGCCGGGACCCAUCUUUUUCAGGACCAAGCAGCUUUCGAACAGCGAAAUCUGACGAUUGCUCCCAGUCGCACGAAACACCCAAGGUAUCGAUAGGGAUGAUUGACCUUAAACCUCAUCAGCACCAUAAUUUGCGUAAAUAUCGAGUGUGGUCAACGCAGAUGCAGGUGAAAACCAAGAGUCCAGGGCUACAUGAUCUGAGGGAUUCAUCCGGUCCGCCUGGGACCCCUAUGACCAGCCUACUGGCCAGCUUUCUGUCGGAGCAGAGUGCCUGUGAUGUUAUUUCAAACCAGCCAAUAAAACGGGGUCUCUUGAAGAAUUCGAUUGGCAGGUUAUCCGUGGCAUUCAACCGAGAUCGUAUUGCAAACCAAGCUCAUCUUGCAGGUGAACAGCUUUCAACUUGGGGGAAGCCAAAGUACGACACCGCACCGACACGACCUCAUUUUUCGAUAAAUACAUCACCGAAGGGAGGGAAAAGAUUGAAUCAUCCAUGGCACUCAUUGCGAGAGACAGAGCAGCCCUAUCACACGAGGAAUGCCCUUUGCGGCCUUUGGCCAUUUGCAGAGAACAUUGAGACAAGCCCUAUCUUCGACGACGUGCCAAAGUCAGUCUUGAAAGGCGCUCAGAUCCCUUCUGCGGAACUGAGUGAUUGGGAAGUAAGGCUGAUAGAUGGCGUGGAUCGAAAACUGGUAUGGAUAUUCAACGAGUUUACUCCCGGCCAGAAGCCGUAUCAUUUUGCAUGCCUUGCCAAUCACUGGCUUAACCGCGAGACCUGGCUUGUGAUUGAUCCUAUCUCGCGAGUCCCUCAAGACUCACGACGGCAAUGGGGAGAUCCUCGAUUCAAUGUCCCAUAUCCGGACCCAUGUCUAGACCGUCGGCCGAAGUACCCGCUGGCUGUACACAAGCGAGCAAACACUCGACGCAUCGACUCAUGGCGUGCUGCAGUCAACAGGCAAAGAAGAGUGUCCGGGGUCCACGAUAUUCUCCAUCCAGUGGAGCUUUAUGAGGACUCGUGCGAAGAGCCACCAGACGGGAAAAUCGACCCUGCAAGCUGGAUCCUGCCAAAGCCUCCUCAGGGAUUCGAACGGUCCACGAGGCAGAAGAACGCCUGGUAUGAAGGAGGGGCAGGGUGGCAAGAGAAGCUCGAAGAUUGGCAGCAAGUUCGCCGGGGCUACCGACUACAUAAAGCUUUACACGAGGGCCGCGUGAAUCGAAAUUAUGUGAAAGGACUGGCAGCCGAUAUUGGUCGACGUUGUCGCACGGUAUCGUCCAAAUUGAUUCCGGAGAUUCAACAGACACGACGACCUAGUCAGCCUAUUCUCUGA